GUUCCUUCGCCAGUGUUCCUGUUAUUCCUUCAUUUAAUCUUCCGAUAGUCAAGGAAGUAAAAGAAUUUAAUGUCGAAGAACUUAAUGGCUUUUUGAAAAGGAGAUUAAAUGGCAUCGAUAAUCACAUAGAUAUCUUAACUGUUUAA